CUUUAUUUUCAGGCUCACUUCUUAAUUUGUUGCGCAGCCUCGAGGGCUUUGGUGCCUUUACUCUAAAUGCGCAAGAGGAUUCAUCCUUUCGGCCUAUUGUUGUUCUUGCUCACUUAUCUUGUCAAGGCUUCCUUUCAUGAAGCCUAUCUCACUGCUGUUUGUUUUCGAAUCCUAGUGCCAUACUCCUUUCCAACAUUGCACUCGCCCUUUUCACAGGGAAGGAGCAUUGCAAUACCCCACUUCAGUAGUCGAGAAUUUGUCAUUUCCGGAUUCAGUUGUACAUUUCUGGGACUUCCGUCCGUCUAGGGAACAUUUUGAUGAGCCGAUGCACGUUCGCUCAAUGGAUAUCCGUUCUCUUAAGGAGAGAUACAGCAACUCGACAUCAUUGACCCGAAACAAAGCAGAGGCGCCUGUAUUGCGGUCUCCAUCAACAGACAGUCAGACCUUGUGUGCCGAGGAACAUCGAAACGAUAAGAAAUCCCCCAUUAUGUCUUCCGCUUCAGUUGAGGAAGACAAUCUAAUGCGCAAACUCACGCGUGGUGCACCGACGGAUUCCAGCGGCGUGCAAGCAGCAUCAGAGAGAAAUCCCAAUGAAGAUGAAGCCGCCAGGAAGCGGAACCAAUAUUUCGAAGACUCGUUCAGCACUCGAGAACCUCACAAUGCCCCAAGAUACAGGGUAAAUCAGGACUCUAUUGUCGUCAUUGAGAUCAAAACCAAUACCAGAGUGAGAGCAGACGAGUUUCAGCUUCUGUCUGACAUAUCAUCUCUCUUCAUGCAAGUGUAUCACCGUCCAGAAAACUCAAUUCUAGUUACGGUCGAGCAGAAUGCUUGUCUUCGCUUCGGCAGUUCUCCUGCCCCAGCCUAUCUCUUGACAGUUUCUGCACUUCCUUCUCUUAUCGCUCCCAUUACAAACCUGCGGAACACAAUAUUGAUUCAGCAAGGACUGAAAGACCUUCUUUGGAUACCGCCAAAUCGUGGAGUAAUAAGGUUCAAUUCGAUUCAAGAAGAAAAUUUCGCAACAAAUGAUGCAACCGUCAUGGGUCAAAUAGAGCAACUUGAGCAGAGUGCCAGAGAUGGAAAUCCUGGGAUUCUUAAAAGCAUUUCACGCUCUAUGAGCAGGAAGCUGAAGUCAAGCAGCACAAACAGUGGCCAGUUGUCUCUGACUACUACGGCUGUCUCCUCAGUUCCACUCAUAGAGAAAAGGCAUGAGCCCCCUAUGUCGGCUGGAGUUACUGCCAAAAGGAAUCCAGGAAAUACUGGAAGUGAAGGUAGAACCAAACAACCGUCUGUUAAGAAGUCGAAAAGCGUGCAAAGAUUUGUUUCCCGCCGGCUUUCUGAGCUUGGUUCCAUGGGAGAUGCCCCAUAGCCUCGUCCUUGUCCUUCCUUUGCCAAUGUGAUAUGAGUCGGAGGAGAUAGCUCAUACUGCUAUGUUCUAAUUCAAGAGUCUGUAGACUUCACGAGACACGAGUUCAAAGCACUUCCUGUAAACCGCUUUACAGAGUCAUUUCAAAUUUACUUGACACGGAGUGAAAGGGUCCUAAAUCUUUGCUAUGCAUUGUUGUAUUUGACUAAGAAUAGCCCAUUUAGUUAAUAGUUCCUUGUACGAAAGCUGUGG